AUGUUUUAUUAUUCGCCGCGGUUCGUUGUUGUGUGUGCACCAAAAAUAUUUCGAUCAAACAGAAACAGAAUUUGCAUAUUUUCCCUGGCUAAAAAAUUUUAAUUGCAAUGUGCUUUAUUUAACAAAUCGAAGCGCUCAAUAAUAAUAUAAAUAUGGUCAACAUGGAGGAGCUCUUAGACGAGGUGAAAACAAAUGUACAACAGAAAUUUAAUGAAAUACGCGCUGCGUUACAUAUGCGUGAGAAAUUGUUACUGCGCCAGCUUGAGGUAAUCGCAAAUACGCAGCAACAACAACCAGCAACAAAAGCUUACAAUGAAAACAAUGAAAGUCCCUCUAAGAAAACGAGCGGAGUUCGCUUCUUCACGGGCGAUAACGAGGAGGAAGAGAAACUGCUGCUGGCAAUUCGCAGCUUUGGCCAGUUCCAGCUAGACAGCAACAUGCAGCUGGCCCUGCAUCGCACACAGGAUAACAUGACUGCUGGACUUCGCAAUGAGGAUUAUAUUGAGCCCAUGGAUGACCAUGAAACAAUGUACAAAUGUCUCGAAGAUCGCGAUCACAAUACUGAUUACUAUGAUCUCAAUGAUGAGGUGCAGCCGGAGGCCAUAGUAGUUGACUUCUCGCGCAACAAGGCGGCGUUGCUGGAGGACAAUGCCAAGCGCUCCAUCAUCAACAUAACGCUGCAAGAGGCCAAAGAUUUGAUACGCAGAGCCAAGAUUAAGCGUGAAACUUAUGUGCCACCCUUGAAUCUGGAGGAGCUGGACGAUGAGCUGGAAUCGUCCAUAGCGGAUGCAGUGUCCAGUCUGGGACGCAGCUGCUCCGAGCAACCUACAGCAACUAAACCAAAGCCAAAGGCGCGCAAGCCUCGUUUGAAGCCAAAGAUUACCAUCAACAAUUGCAAUGGCACCAUCAAUCUGCGCAACAUUGCCAGUCUGACCAUCAAUUGUGCCAGCGAAGAUGCUGUCAGUGCCGAGUUGCCACUUACAGAUGCUGCUGCUACUACGGCGGCCAUACAACCUUCGAUCUCAGCGGACUCAAGCAGCAGCUGCUCGCCCAGCUCCAGCUCCAAUGACUCCAGCAAUGCUAGCUCUAGGGCGCAGUCCAAGAAACAAAAGUCCAAGGAGACAGGCCAGAAAGCAAAACAGCAGUUGGUGGCGAGCAGCAGUAGCAGCAUGGCAACCACAUCGGAGGCGACUCACGACGUCACCUGCGAUUUCUACAAUCGCCUGCUCAAUGAGAUCAAAAAGAGCCUGAAGGAGAAACCAAAGCGUGUCUACGAUGAACCAUCAGCACCAGCUGAAACAACCACAACAGCAACGGCAACGAGCAGUGCACCAGUUCAACGUGUUGCAGUUGCACCUGAUUCCACCUGCAAACAGGAAGAGACGGAAGAGGAUACACGCAUAUCCAGCACACAGAGUCGCGAUGCGGCUUCGACAUUGUCCUCGCAACUGCAGCCUGGUAAGCGUUUGAUCCUCAAGAACUUUGAGAAUUUAAAGAUUAUUCUGGAGGCGAACAGCGGCGAUGAGGACUCGUUUCAUCCGGUGCAAAUCGAGCAAUGGCUGGCCGAAAUUAUAUCGGAAACAGAUUUGGAACCGAUGCAAAACACGGAUAUACUCGAGCACAGCAAGAUCGACAACAGCGAGAGCAUCUGAACAGCACAGUAUUUAC